AUGGCCCGUGCAGUCAACAUAUCUCCAUUCGCUUCAUAUACAGUCGUGCCAAUUACCUCAGCAUGGCCACCGGACGACGAUCCGCAAACGACGCGAGUCCAGUUCUCGGGGCUUACUUCUGGAAAAGCAGUGUUGACACUGAUCAUUCUGGCUAUGAUGAUGAUGACCAUUGUUGGAAACGCGCUGGUGUUUCUUGCAGUCUUGAUCGUUCGAAAACUAAAAACGCCACAAAACUUUCUAUUGGUUUCAUUGGCCGUGGCUGAUUUCUUUGUGGGACUCGUUGUGAUGCCACUCGCUCUGAUCGACCUCCUCUUCGAUAAAUGGCCGCUUGGAAGUACAAUGUGCUCGGUUUACACCACAGCGGACCUCACUCUGUGCACUGCUUCCAUUGUGAAUCUAUGUGCGAUUUCUGUGGAUCGCUACUUGGUGAUCUCUCGCCCUCUUCAAUAUUCUGCAAUUCGCACAACACGCCGUAUCGGAUGGUACAUUGCGUGCGUCUGGAUCACCGCUGCGGUGGUCAGCAUCUCUUCGCACAUCAUCGCUCGCUUUUUGGACGAUGGAACUUUUAUCGAGGACCCUGGGACGUGUCAGGUCCUUCCACACUUCCUCUACCAAAGCUAUGCGACACUCAUCUCGUUCUAUGGACCAACUUUCAUUAUGGUCAUUUUGAAUAUCAAAAUUUGGAGGGAGGCAAAACGAUUGGCGGCUCAGGAUAGAUUGAUGUCUCAUUGCAACUCGGUGGAUGCAUCCGAGAGACCUCUCAACGGAGGUUCCAGCUCCUCGGAAAACAAAGAGUCCACACAGGAAAAAGAAACGAUUGAAGUUCCCAAAAAAGAACGAACCAACUCCACCAACUCUCGCCUCUUCAAGUUGGAACGGAAAUAUCUUCAUCGUCCCAGCACAUUCUUCUCGGCCGCUGCAAAAGGACCACUGAUUCGUCAGAAUGAGAAAAGCGAAUGCAAGGCGAGAAAAACGCUAGGGGUCAUCAUGUCGGUCUUUAUCAUUUGCUGGCUCCCAUUCUUCAUUCUCGCCAUUUUCAAAUCGUUCGGCAUGAAGAUUCCAGGAUGGUUGGAUCUCACAGCUCUCUGGCUUGGCUAUUCCAAUAGUACCGUCAACCCACUAAUCUAUUGCAAAUACAACAAAGAGUUCCGGAUACCGUUCCGUGAAAUGCUCGCAUGCCGGUGCGCUACUCUGCAGACUGUCAUGAGACAGCAAAGUUUCACCAGCCGAUAUGGUCCACCUGUAUCUCGACGAAAUGACAGUCAUGAAGCCAGCGAUGUCUGA